CAUCAAGUAGGAAGUGGGUUGUUUUAUGACAAGACUAUGUAGAGGUUUUGCCAGCUUUGAUCUGACACUGAUGAAUAAUUUAUUUUACCUGGUGUGUCUGGGGAUUUUCAGUAUUCUCCUGACAGGUCAAAAUGCAAAAGACAGGCAGUUCACAGAAAAGGACAUGGAACAUUAUAGGAAUCGGGUGAAGUCUAUGUUCUAUCAUGCAUACAACAAUUACCUGGACAAUGCCUUUCCAUAUGAUGAGUUACGACCUUUGACUUGUGAUGGGCAAGAUACCUGGGGAAGUUUUUCAUUGACAUUGAUUGAUGCUCUGGAUACAUUACUUAUAAUUGGCAACACCACAGAGUUCCAAAGAGUUGUGAAUGUGCUCCAGGACAUGGUUGAUUUUGACAUAGACGUCAAUGCAUCAGUAUUUGAGACCAAUAUUCGAGUUGUGGGUGGUCUUUUGUCUGCCCACCUCCUUUCCAAGAGAGCUGGCCUUGAGCUGGAGCCAGGAUGGCCUUGCACAGGCCCUUUACUUCGUAUGGCAGAAGAAGCUGCACGAAAACUCCUUCCAGCUUUUAACACACUUACAGGGAUGCCUUAUGGAACGGUCAACCUGCUGCAUGGUGUGAACCCUACAGAGACUCCAGUAACAUGCACAGCUGGUAUAGGAACCUUUAUUAUAGAAUUUGCCACACUUAGUCGCCUGACAGGAGAUCCAGAAUUUGAGAGGGUUGCAAAGAGAGCCCUCAAAGGAUUAUGGGAGAGCCGCUCUGAGAUUGGAUUGGUGGGAAACCACAUAGAUGUGAUGACAUCCAAGUGGGUGGCUCAAGAUGCCGGGAUAGGGGCAGGCGUUGACUCCUAUUUUGAGUACCUUGUAAAAGGAGCAAUUUUGUUGCAGGAUGAAGAGCUGAUGUCUAUGUUUCUUGAAUACAACAAAGCCAUCCAAAAUUUUACCAAGUACGAUGAUUGGUAUGUCUGGGUUCAAAUGUACAAGGGUACAGUCUCCAUGCCAAUUUUUCAAUCUCUGGAAGCCUUCUGGCCAGGAUUACAGAGCCUGGUGGGUGACAUUGGGAAUGCUAUGAAAACUUUCCAUAAUUAUUACACUGUUUGGAAGCAGUUUGGAGGAUUGCCAGAAUUCUACAACAUUCCUCAAGGCUUCACUGUAGACAAAAGGGAAGGUUACCCACUCCGGCCUGAGCUGAUUGAGAGUGCAAUGUACUUGUACAAAGCUACGCAGGACCCCACACUGUUAGAACUGGGGAGAGAUGCUGUGGAGUCCAUUGAGAGAAUAAGCAAAGUGGCCUGUGGAUUUGCUACAGUAAAGGAUGUUCGAGAUCACAAGCUUGAUAACCGUAUGGAAUCUUUCUUCCUGGCAGAGACAAUCAAGUAUCUGUAUCUGUUAUUUGACCAAGACAACUUCAUUCACAACAAUGGCACACUGUUUGAUCUAGUGGUGACGCCCUAUGGGGAGUGUGUAUUGGGGGCAGGAGGUUAUGUGUUUAACACUGAAGCUCACCCCAUAGACCCUGCAGCUCUGCACUGUUGUAAAAGGGACACUGAGGAGCAAUGGGAGGUGGAAGACUUAGUGAAGGGUUUUUUCUCUCUUAAGAAAAGGACUGAAAAGCUUAAAAAAUCAGCUACCGAUGAUGAGAAGCAGCAAGAAGAAUUUGAUUCUGACCCACAUGAUAGAACACAAAACAAAAGGACCUCACAUCUUACCUGCCCAAGCCAACCAUUUACCUCCAAACUUUCAGUUCAUGGACAAGUUUUUCUGGAUUUAUGAAUACAAACACGUUGUUUUCUUGGCCAGGAUAUCAAACUUCUUCCUGUUUCAGAUAUUAUGAGGUUAAAGUAGCAUGUAGUUAUUAGCUGGCUGAAAUCUUAUUCUAGGUUUUAUUUAUGUGUCUCCAAGGCAGACCAUUUAGAAUGAGAUUAAAAUGGAUAUUCUUUGGAAUUAAUUACGAGUAAAACAAAUCUGUAUCUCUAUUCCAACUGAGGCUGUUACCUUGCUAAAAACACCAUAUAUUGUCCAUUCUCACUACCUCACUCGCAUAUCCUUAUUCUUAAUGCCUCCUCAUUGGUUCCUUACUUUAUUUUUGUCUACGAGUAUAUUUUCUUGCCUCACCGUUUUCUUUUUUCCUUUUUCAGUCAAUUUCUCCUCAUUCUCUAUUUGCUUAUAAACUGUUGAUUCUAAUAUUCUUUUCAUGUUCUUCUUGCCCCCUUAUUUUUUUUUUACCCGUAGCUCUUCUGUUUUUCAGUAUUUCUCAUAUUUGUUAUCCCUAUCAUUCUAACUGCACUCUAUCAUAUAUUGCCGCACCCUAUUUAUUCAAGUGUUUUGCUGCAGACAAAUUCUAUAUUUUUCUGUUUAUCUCCUGGUCAACGUAACAUGUAUUUUUUUUUUUACAUUUUCAUGCCUGGUCAGCUUACUUUGAAACCACUCAUUUGUUUUCUGUCAAAUGCAUUGAUGAUGUAAAUAUUUUUAAUGAACUUAUUAAAAAAUUAACUCUGUUUAAUACC